AUGCGACUAUCAGUCGUAUUCGAAUUGCUGUUGAUCUUUUUGAUCAUAGCUUUCGCGGCCUACGGUAGAGUAGUUCCGGAAAAUAAAGAUGUGUGGAAUACUGGACUGAAUAACGUUAAAGAUCAUUUGAGAGCAAUGGGUCGAGCUAGACAAGCUACUCCACAAGCAGCUCCUCCCAACCGAUACUGCGCUUGUUCCAAUCUUAUGUGUAAUUGUUGCAGAGAUUUUUCAUUGCCGGUAGUUCCCAUUAAAGGACCAGGUUGCGCAUCGUUGAAAUAUUUGAAAGGUGAUCAGAUGAUGGUGACGAUGAGCUUUGGGGACAAGGUCUUACGAAACACGACCAUAUCCGGGAAGAAACCAAAACCCGUGUGUAUGUCUCUCCCCGGUGGUAUAUCCAAAUUCUGCGGUCGGGUUUAUGGUAUCUCGAGGGACGGUGAUCAGUUCAAAGCGUGUUUGGGGCUUGAGCUUAGAGCUCUGGACGACGUCGAAGCCGCAUUGAGGGUGUCGUGUUUCCGAUUUGGGCCACAAGGAAUGAAAGUGGAACCAGCUCAACCACUGCCAGCUUCGCAGACAUUACAAGGGGAGGACGAAGACGAUGAGGACGACGAUGACGACGACGACGAUGACGAUUACGGUCUCGGAGGCGGCGAUGACGAGGAAGAGGAAGACGACGACGCGGUGGACGAGGACGCGGAAAACGACGUGGAAUCGACCGGCGAUUACACUGGUUUCAGUGCGCUGAGCACCGAUUUCCUAGACAGCCUGUUCGGUGGCGGUGGCGCCGAGGAAGACGAAGCGGAGACCAGCGUCAAGCCGACGGCGAAACCCGUCGCGGUUACGGUAAAAUCAAAAAUAACCACACCGCAACAGCUGACAAGCCAACAGGUGACAAGCGAGAAACAAACGAGCGCCGAAUCAGUGACGUCCACCUCGUACACGGUGAGCGUCGUCCAGGAACCGGUGUCGUCGUCUUCCGAAGUCGUCGCCGAAGUGAGACCGACUGCCGUCACGCCGCUCGACGACAACCCGACCGACCGCGUAGAGACCGUACCCUCGCCGGUGACGAACAAGAACAAGGACUACGAGGACGACGACGACGAGGACGAGGACGAGGACGACGGCGACAUCGUGUCGGACAUCAUCGAGACGGCCGCUAGCGCCGUGGGCAUGUCGGAUUCAGACAAGAACUCGACGGUGGCCACGACGAAAUCCGCCGAUAGACUAGCGACCACCGAGGUGGCCGCAGUGUCAGCGGCCGCGGCCACGACGGUCGGCAGCGUGCCGGCGGCAAAGGACUACGACGACGACGACGACGAUGACGACGACGAAGACAGCUUCAGCAGGCGUUUCAAGCAGCACAUGCACAUGCAGAUGCCCGUGGCCAUCGUGCCCAACGACAGGCGGGGCAGGACCCACCGGAGGAUGAGGCUGUCCUCGUCGGACGACGACGAGUCAACGAUACAUUUCAUGAAGAAAGUGUAG